AUGAGAGAUCUGCAGAAUGUCCUGUCCUCAACAGCCCUCCUCAACUCCUGUAAAGUCAAGCCUGUAGCUCACUUUGAAACAUCUAUUAGGACCUUAGUAGAGAACCUUAAGAAGGCACAUGAAAUAGCUUGUCACAACACUGCUGUUCCUGAAGCACUACAGUAUUAUUUGCAGAAAGCAGUUGAUGAAACAAGAAAGCUGAACUUUUGCUCAGCAACACCAAGUAUUAACAGGACAGCUUCUUCCAUGGAUAACCACCUUACUGUCCCGUUUAGUGAAACUGAGACCAAGAUUAAUGGAGAACAGCUCACAUGCACUGGAGAAGGGCAAUUUCAUAGGAUGUUGGUGCGCAUGUUGGGAGCCAAAAGGGUUUUAGCCAUAGGCGCACUAAAAGUGCCAUGCCUUCUGGCGAUGGCUGAAGUGAUUCCAGAUGACGGAAGCAUAAUCGUAUACGCCUUACAACCAUAUUUUGGACAAUCCAACCAGGAGGCAUUUGAUUUCUCACCUCAUGGGAACAAAAUAAGGACAAAGACAGGACCGAUAACUGAUUCCUUGAAGGAGUUAGCAGCCGUGGGGGAAGAUUUUGACAUCAUCUUUAUUGAUGCUGAUCAAAAGAACCCUGCCGAGUCCUAUCGCUUUGUCAUGGAGAACCAUUUGCUGAGGAUGGAUGGGUUGCUCUGCAUCGAGAAUGUGCUCAUGAAAGGAUGGGGCUACCUAGAGAAUACGGCAGAUGAAAAUGUAUUAGAUGUCAAAACACUGAAUCAAGUAAUUAAUUCAGAUCCUCACACAGAGCAGGUGGUCUUGCCUGUGCAGGGUGGUCUGAUGCUUGUCCGAAGGAGUCCGUUAACACCCCAGCUCCCAAACAGAGAAAGGAACUCUUUCACCAGAGAUGAAGUGUUUGAGGGCCACCGUGGACGCCGCAUCCUUGACCGCCUACAACUGGAGGGCAAAGUUGCUUAUGUCACUGGCGGAGGCCAGGGGAUUGGACGAGCCUUUUGCCACGCGCUGGGCGAAGCUGGUGCCAAAGUGGCCGUCGUGGAUCUGGUACCUGCCAAGGCGGAGGCAGUAGCCUGUGAAUUGAGCCUCAAAGGGAUAAAAAGCAUUGCAAUUGCAGCAGAUAUAACCCUACCAGGCGAUGUUCAAAAGAUGCUUGACACCAUCCUGACAAAGUGGGGCACAGUUCAUAUAGCAUGCAACAACGCAGGAAUCAACAUGAAUUCCCCAAGUGAAGACACUUCAUUAGAAGAAUGGGACCAGACGUUUAAUGUGAAUUUACGUGGCUUGUUUUUGUGCUGUCAAGCUGCAGGCCGCAUUAUGCUGAAUCAAGGAUAUGGGAAGAUAAUUAACACAGCAUCUAUGGCAAGUUUAAUAGUUCCCCACCCACAGAAGCAACUGGCUUACAAUGCCUCAAAAGCAGGGGUUGUAAAGCUAACUCAGACAUUGGGAACAGAGUGGAUUGACAGAGGAGUGAGAGUGAACUGCAUUUCUCCCGGGAUUGUAGACACGCCCCUCAUCCAUUCUGAGGAGCUGAAACCUCUUGUGCAGCGCUGGCUUGACGAUAUCCCGGCUGGAAGGCUCGCUCGAGUGACAGACUUGCAAGCUGCUGUCAUAUACUUGGCAUCGGAAGCUUCAGAUUAUAUGACUGGCCACAAUUUAGUCAUUGAAGGAGGGCAAAGCUUGUGGUAAAAA